AUGUGCGGUGUUACACAAGGAAAUACCCAGCGCGCCUUAGCUGGAGGGACUCCCUUUUCUAGUUCGCGUGUGGUCGAACGCGCCAUGAUCUUUUGGCGGGAAGCACUACGUCACAGUGGUCUGUCAGUAGCCGCCGGUGCAACUACUGAUCGUAAAAUUAAAAAAAAAAACAAAUUUCUUACAAGUGACAGACAGACAGAAAAUGAUGACGACGAAGAUCUCUAUGAUGUGACAAUAUCCACGCACCAG